AUGAGGCUUCACGGCAAUGAAGCUUGGGGCCCACCUCCGCAAUAUUCAGAGCGCACACCCCUCAUCUCCUCUAAUGACCCUCCUGAGCCUCCCCCAUACUCGGGAGAGCCAUCAUACUACGAUGAGCAAAAUCCCCGUGCAGAGGCAAGACGACAGAAGGAUGGUUCGACUGGACAAGGAAAAGCCCGAAAUAUGACCGUGGUAUUAAUCGUACUAUUUUGUACCGCUUUUAUCGUCCCGGUGAUAUGGUUUAUGUCUAAAGGGAGCUAUAUCAGGUCGCCACGGGAACCGCCGCCGCCGACGGUUAUUAGGGUUGCUGUUGUUGGAGCAGGACCAGCGGGUAUAAGUACUGCCUUCGCACUCUCUCGUGUGCAAUUCUCUAGUAAGAAAGGCAAGCCUGAUGUGCAAGUUGACAUCACGAUAUUCGAACAGAAAGAUCGUGUCGGCGGAAGGAUGAUCCUCAACCCUUCACUAUCUGCAACAGAUGUGCUGAGCAAGGAAAUACACGCCGAGGAUGUAGCAGCGGGAUGUUUAUCUAGCAAUCGCAUUCUAGGGCGGAGAGCACAGGCCGAAUUCGGGGUUCAAUUUGGGACUGAUACGACGAGUAAGAUGGUCGAAAGCGGAAAUAUCGCUGUAGGUUUCUUCAAUGGGAAGGAUAUAGUUGCGGACAUACCCAGACCCAGAGAAGAAAUCACUUGGGGCAACUGGGUGAAAUUGAUAUGGAGGUAUGGAUCGAGUGUGUGGCGGGCUGCGAAACUCCCUACGGGCACCAUGGAGGGGUUUAACGGCAUGUUAGACUUGGCUGAAAAAAGCGACAAGUCAAAACCAUAUGUUAAUCCAUGGGAGAUAUUGGUCACCGGACGGAUGACUGGAGCUGCAAGCUUAAGUGCAAAUGAAAGACUUGCAAAAAAUGGUAUUGAGGGAAAAUAUGUGGAAGAGGUAGUGAGGGCACAAAUCAGGAAGCAGAACGGCCUGGAUCUAGAGGAGCUAUCUGACUUGGGGCUUUCAAUGGCAUUGGAAAGAGAAGGUGGCGAAUUUUGCCCUAACACCGAAGGUGGAAGGUUGAUGCAUAUGCUAGAGACCUUCGCGGUUGAGAGUCGAGCGGCGUUGAAACUAAGCACGCAUGUCACAGCAUUUAAAAGAGAGCUGGUUGAGGAAGAGAAAGAGAUGUGGAUUGUUGAGUACACCCAGGCCGACAUGGAUGAACUGCAUUAUGAGGCCUUCCACAAGGUUGUCUUAGCUACACCUUGGAACAGUUCGUCUCUGCUAUUCGCACCUAUUACGGAAACUCGGGAGCAAAUCUUCUAUAAGCCGGUAUGGAUCACAAUCAUCGCUACGGAAGGCGAGCUCGGUUCCGAACACUUCGGCCGCUCGGAGACUCUACCCAGUCAAAUACUCCCCAUUGCCUCUUCACCCGAUCUCCCAGCUGCAUUCCAUGGAAUCCAUGAAAUUACCCACCUCCGAAAAUUAUACCGUCUCGAUCCCGAGGGACAUAUACAGAACACAAAUUUGUAUCGGAUUCUUUCAGACCAACAGCCCUCGAAUGGGACAUUAGAAAUGCUGUGGGGUAGUGGAAUAGAAGCUAUUUAUUCCGAGGAAAUCGAAAAAGCGUAUCCCAUAACCUACCCAAAGAGUAGCGGGGACGAGUUGGGAAUUUUUGAGUCCGGUGAUGGGUUAUGGCAUACCAGCGUUAUAGAGGGUGUGGGCAGUACUGUGGAUUUGGCUUGGAUUGUGGGAGGGAAUGUUGGGAGGCUCGUAGGGGAGAAUAUUAAGCGGGAGAGAGACUGA